UUAUUUUCCCCGUAGUUUCCUUCAGUGGUAAACAAACAAGUCGUGUCCGCACAUGUUCCUCAUGAGGGCGGGUUAAAGGCGGUGAAUAUAUUGUGUUAUUUUUAUGAAUCACGAUGGGGAAGAUAGGCAAAUCUAAGCCUAGCUUUGGAGGACAGAAAAAAGUGAAAAGACUGAACCCAUUUGAAGUUCAUACAAAUCGUGUAAAGCAUGAUGUACUGGGGCGCAAGAGUAAAUUUGAACGUGGAUUACCAGGAGUUGCAAGAGCAAAGGCAAUAAAGAAGAGAGACAAAACACUACUUCAGGAAUACAAAUCUCGGAAUAAGAGCAAUGUCUUUGUUGAUAGACGCAUUGGAGAAAAUGAUUCUACAAUGGAUCCAGAGAAGAAAAUUGCUUUGAGAAUUGCAGCAGAGAAGAGAAGACAGUUUGGAAAAGUAUAAAGGAUUUCAUAUUUC